AAGCUACAGGACACGCUUUUGUUAAAAUCUUCUCUGCUGCCGUGCCGCCGACCGAAUAUUUUUCAUUUCAGUCGGAAAGAAGAGUCUACGAGGAUCCUGAAAAUGUCUUUACAACCGCGUUUGUAAUGGGAGGAGCUCCAGUGUGUUGAGUGGCCGGAGGCAGGCUGUAGUAAGACACUGUGUCAGAGAGAGGGAGAGUGUGGACCUGCAGACUCAGUGCUGUCAUCUACUAGAGCUUUAAACUCUUUUCUUGUGCGGAUUUUCUUCUGACACUUCCUGAAGGAGGAAUCGAUCUGUCUGUCACCGAAAGGAAACCAUUUUUAGAUCUGAAGGAAGUUUUUGUGUCACGGCUGAGUGGGACAGAGCAUCUGAGCUGAGGCGCUGUGGUGUUGUGAACGCAUGGAGGCUGAUCAGUGGAGGCUUUCCGUCUUUUUCUGAAGUCACAGGUCGUCGUUUCAAACCAGCCUCAUCGUCUGCAGCCCCGAAGGAGUGCCGUGACGUCACAACAGUGCAUAGGCCUUCCAUUCAAGGAGCCUGGAGUUGCAGUAAGAGCGAGAGGGGGAGAGAAAAAAUAAACACGGGUUAAAAAAGACGCUCUUCAUGAAUUACCCAAAACCCUGAAAGGCAAAUACUGCAAGUUGGCUCCUCGGUCCUGAGGAGGCAUGUGGACAAUGAGUAUGGCUUGGCUAUGUCUCCCAGCCUGCAUUUUCCUGCUUGUUUGUUGCUUUCAUACAGCUGUCAUGGAAAACGAUGUCACUCCACGUCUCACCUUCUCCUACAACGCGAAGGAGAGGACGACCAGAAGUUUCACAGUCGGCGGAGUCUUCAACUACACCUCUCUCCUCCUCAGUAAAGAAGACAAUAUGCUGUACGUUGGCGCUCGGGAGAUUCUCUUCGCUCUCAACCUCUCUGAUAUCAGCGCAGUCAAGCUACAAAGAAAUUUCACAUGGACAACUCCAGAGAGGAAGAGAGAGGAAUGCAGUUUCAAAGGCAAAGACCUGCAGACGGAUUGCUUCAACUACAUCAAGAUUUUACUACGUAUGAACAGCACUCAUCUGUACGUUUGUGGGACAUACGCCUUCAGCCCCAUCUGUGGUUACAUAAACACCGCAGAUUUCUCUCUUGUCAGGAGUGAUACCGGUGAGAUUGUUACAGAGGAUGGACGAAGCCGCUGCCCGUUCAACCCUGAAUACAAGUCCACCGCCAUCAUGGCUGAUGGAGAGCUGUAUGCCGGUACAGUCAGUAACUUCCAAGGAAAUGAACCCAUCAUUUACAAGAGUAUAAGCCAAGGAACCGCUCUAAAAACAGAAAACUCGCUCAACUGGCUUCAAGACCCGGCCUUUGUUGGUUCUGCCUACAUACAGGAGAGCCUGCCCAAGGGUAACCCAGUGGGCGAUGACGAUAAGAUUUACUUCUUCUUCAGUGAAGCGGGAAAGGAGUUUGAUUUCUUUGACAACACCAUUGUGUCACGCAUUGCUCGCGUGUGUAAGGGUGACAUGGGAGGCGAGAGAGUUCUGCAGAAGAAAUGGACAACUUUCCUGAAGGCUCAGCUCUUGUGCUCGUUGCCCGAUGAUGGUUUUCCGUUCAACAUAAUACAAGACAUGUUUGUGCUGACACCCAGCCCCGAGGACUGGAAGAACACUGUGUUUUACGGAGUCUUCACAUCUCAGUGGUACAAGGGUGCUUCAGGAAGCUCUGCAGUGUGUUCCUUCACAAUGGACCAGGUGGAGAAAGCGUUCAAUGGGCGAUACCGUGAGGUCAACAGAGAGACCCAGCAGUGGUACACAUACAACCAUCCGGUCCCAGAGCCUCGGCCUGGAGCGUGUAUCACAAAUGCUGCCAGAGAGCAGAGCAUCUCCUCCUCGCUGCACAUGCCGGACAAGGUGCUGAAUUUUGUCAAAGAUCACUUCCUGAUGGACAGCGUGAUUCGCAGCCAGCCUCUCCUGCUGAAACGUAAUGUCCGCUACACCCAGAUUGCGGUCCAUCGAGUCCUGGCAGCACACAAGGCCCAUAACGUGCUCUUCAUUGGCACAGAUGAUGGAAGACUUCAUAAAGCCAUCAAUGUCAACAACAAGAUGCACAUUAUCGAGGAGAUGGUGGUCUUCCGUGAUUCCCAACCAGUGCAGCACAUUGAGCUGGAUACUGAAAAGGGUCAGCUUUAUGUUUCCUCUUACUCUGAACUGGUGGAGGUCCCAGUAGCUAACUGCACUAAUUAUCAGAGCUGCGGGGAGUGCAUCCUCUCCAGGGAUCCUUACUGUGCCUGGAACGGGCAGCAGUGUGUGGAUGUCAGACAGACUUCAACAAGAAAUUCCUGGCAGCAGGAUGUAGAUGAGGCAGACACAUCAGCUAUUUGCAACAAGACAGUGCCAAGCCCACGGUUUGCUAAACCUCCACCUACACGAAAGUCUUCAUGUCAUAUGAUCAUUAUCCCAGCCAACACGUUCAAAGUACUGCCUUGCAAACUGCGCUCGAAUCUGGCUGAGAGGAGAUGGAAGUUCAGUGACAGCGCAGGUCACUUCCAUUACCCCAGCCCAGAGGGGGGGCUAGUAGUGGUAGCUCAAGCGGACAAGCAGGAAACCUAUGAGUGCUGGUCAGUGGAGGAAGGCUUCAGACAGCUGCUGGCAAACUACUGUGUGAGGGGCGAGGCCAAGCAGGAGAGCACCACCCUGACAGGCCAUUCACAUACGCCACAUAUCUCCCAGGAGGAGUUCAUCAUCCUGCCGGGGAAGGCCCGCUCGCCGCAGAUCAACACCAAGACCUACUGGAAUGAGCUGAUCGUAGUCUGUUCCCUCCUGGUGUUUUCCCUGGUGGUCUUCUCUCUGUUUGUGGUUUACAGGAACCGCGACCACAUGAAGUCCAUGCUCAAGGAGGGAGAGUGCUCCAGCAUGCAGCAGAAGAAGCCCAGAAUAGUGGGGAAACCGGCUGAAAACUUGCCACUCAACGGCAACACAGUCACGGCGUCAGUGUCAGAUCACAAGGGCUACCAGACUCUUAACGACAACUACAUCUGCAGCACUCCACCGCACGAGUGCUCGUCGCCUGACAACAGCAAGAGCUUCUCAGAGUCGGAGAAGAGGCCUUUGAAUUUGAGAGAGAGCCAUGUAGAGAUUUCUCCCACAUGCCCACGGCCCCGAGUCAGACUGGGCUCUGAGAUUAAAGACUCUAUAGUGUGAGGCUGGCUUCAUUUUAUGUGGAGUGACUCAUUUUAAACUGAAAGGAAAGAGUGCACUUGCUGAGAAAGACAAAACCCUAUGAAAGGGAAAACUGAGGAACAUCAGACUCUUUGUGGAGAGACAUUUCAUUACACAGAU